AUGAGUUGGGUUGACGAUAUCCUGAGUUUGAGCAUCUCAUUGCGGUCCUGGCUGUUUGGGCCUGGACAUGAGAGUGGGGUGGAUCGGUUUGAAGGUUGGGUUUUGGUUUUAAAAACGAUGAAGAUGCUAGGGAAGGAGACAUGGAAACAGAUUUCGUGA